AUGUCUUCCUAUACAGGCGCCGUGAACAUGUCGGGUACAGACGCAAGCAUCAUCGCGGACCUCAUCCAGCAGCUUGCCGAUACGAAGCUGGCCAAUCAGGACCUGGAAGAGCGUCUCGAGACCGUCACCUCCGAACGCGACGACUACAAGGGCGAACUCAAGGAGUUCAAAGCGGCGCGCGAGGUGAUUGCUCCUGGUGAUCCAGACGCUACCAACAACCAGUGGGAUGAUGACGAAGAGGAAGAGUAUGAAGAGGUGGAUGAUGCCGAAGUGUACGAUGACAAGAUUCGCGACAAGGCGAGGAUAUUGGAGCUGGAGAGUACGGUCAACAAGGUCACUUUGGAGUCGCAGAUGACUAUCCGGGGGCUGAAGUGGGACAAUGUGGAGUUGCAUUGCGAGAACAAGGACUUGCGUGAGGAAGUCGAGGUGGUGACAAAGGAGCGAGACAGCGCCACGGCCACUAUGCUCCGAGAGCGGGCCGCUCAUCUCAAGUCCAAGGAUGGCGUCACAUCAGGCAGGGUCACCAAGGACAAGAGCAAGACCCCUCGUCAUGCGGGUGCCCUUGCCGACAACAUCACUCUGGCACUGCGCCAAAAGGAGGACAAUGGUAGGACUUGA